UCACUUGGAAUGGAUCCCAAAGAAAAACACAAAGCAGCAUCACCGCCACCAAGACGAGAAGAAUAUGACGACGGAGGCGAAUUCUACGGCGGAGGAGGGUUAUAGUGUACAGAGAGACUUUUGGCGUCAAGCGGCGAAAUCCGAUGGUUUCGAUUUAGAGAACAUCUCACUUCCACCAGGUACGAAUGGAAUUGUCAUGGGACUGAUUCCCUACGACUGUCAACGUGCAAGGCAUUAUCCGUUUCCUGUCUUGGUCAAACUUUAUGCUAAGUUUGGGCUUCAUCGUUACAAUAUGUUGAAGGGGACAAGCUUCCAGCUCGCUACCCUAAUGAAAUUCAACAUGUUACCGAACUAUAUUUCCUCUUUCUACAUGACUCUGCUUGCACAUGAUCCCGAUCCAGCUGCUGGCUCAUCGCAGAAAACCUUUCAGGUUCGAGUUGAUGAACAACAAUUUGGCAGUUUGGAUAUAAACUGCUCCAUUGCUAGACCUAAACACGAAGGUGACUUACUUGAAGUGUCCACCGAGACGCCCUUCAUGCCUCACUUUCAUGGUGGCGCACUGGGCGAUGGUAUCUUCAAAGUUGAAUUGCCUGAUUGUCUCUCAGAUACUGCUUUGAAUGAACUGGCCGGUGCUGUCCUCAGAGGUGAAUUGCCUGAGCAUGUCUUUGAUGAUGCUUUGUAUGCACGGGCCGGUGGUAUCUUCCAAGGUGAAUUGCCUGAUUGGCCCUCAGAUGAUGUUUUGAAUGACGGAAAACGAUUUUACAUGGUGAAGGAAUCAGAGUGGCAAGCCACUGAUUGGAUUUCUAUGUAUUUGGAACUUGUAAUUACUACAACUGAUAAGUCGAUCAGUAUCGUAAGUUUUACAUAUAUAUAUAUCAAUUAAAGACAUACCACCACGAGUGGCACUGCUCGUAAUAAUAACAAUUGAAUUCCAAAAUUGUAGAAGCCAGAAGUUCUGUCCAAGUUGGAGAUUGUGAAAGUGGCGAUAGAAACUGCUACCAAAGAUGAGGAGCCGUCUAAUGAGAGACUCAAAGCCUACAGGGCACAUGUCUACAUAACGUUUAAGGGCUUGGCAGAGCCUCGAGCCCAUGAGCGGGUUUUUGAGAUUGGGGAGCAUGUUGAACGCCAAGCUAUAGUUAGAAGAGUCAUGGGCCAUAGAGGAGACUUGACUCUCAAGGGUAAGCUUUGUGGUGGUCAAUAUAUCAAAAAGCGUUCUCUGGCUCUCAAGAGUGGAAAAAAGUCCCAGAAGUGUAAAAAGCAAGCGCUCGUCGGCUAGGCGUUCGUAUACAUGGGCGUCUGCGUAAUGUUAAGAUCCAUUUUGAAAAUGUGGAUCAGAUAAAUAAACUAAGCUAUUAAUUUUGUGCGUUUGGAUUCUUUGACUUAUGGUUUUAUUUAAGUGUGACGCUUUUUUUCUUUUUUAAUACAAUGAGUUAAUCUAUCUGCAGUGCAUUAUU